CUGCUUCCAAUCUUUUUCGGUGGUUUUUCUUCAGUGAAAUGCUUAUCUCUCGCCUUCUGAACGGGAUUCUUCUUUGUCCUUCACCUUCCCUCUUCUUCUUGAAACCUCACCACUAAAACAACGUCUAAUCAACUUACCUUAAUUAUAAAUAAAAAUAAAAAUAAAAAAUAAAAAAAAUGUCAAUAGCUCCCUCACUUCCCCGCUUACACUCUCCAUUUCUCUCUUGCCCACUAAAGCUUUCCACCACUAAUUCCUCUUCUUCUUCUUCUUCUUUAUGUCAUUCCAAAAAGUUUGGAAGAAAUCAGCGUUCACCGUCGUCUUAUCCGUCCAUUAGAGCAGAUCUUGAUCAAAACACGGUAGUGGCAAUAUCAGUUGGGCUCGUUAGUGUUGCAGUUGGUAUUGGCAUCCCUGUCUUCUACGAAACCCAAAUUGAUAAUGCUGCGAAGCGGGAGAACACUCAGCCCUGCUUCCCAUGCAGUGGAUCAGGCGCACAGAGAUGCAGAUUUUGCAUGGGAACUGGCAAUAUUACAGUAGAACUCGAUGGUGAUGAGAAGGAGGUCUCUCGCUGCAUCAACUGCGAUGGCGUUGGUUCUUUGACAUGCACGACAUGUCAAGGUUCUGGAAUUCAACCACGAUACCUUGAUCGGAGAGAGUUCAAAGACGAUGACUGAAGUGCAAGUCCACAAGAAGCAGACAAACGUGCAAACGAUAGAAGAAGUCAGCUGUUUUUGCCCCGUUGUUAUACAUCUAUUCUACAAUGUAUAAAUUGUUUAUAUGCAUUUCCUUUGGCGAUCUAACUAAUUUAUCUUCGCUGCUUUUUCCUUUAAUAAAAAAAUAAAAGAAAAGAGUGCCUUUUUGGAAUUGGGUUUCUACUUCUUGGCAAAGAGUGCCUUUUUGUAAUAAUGUAGUUUUGUUUGUUUUGUUUUUUUUUUCCCCCCUAAAAAAGAGUAUUGCCGGAUUUAAGUGGCAUGGUCA